UCCAUCUGGACUGGCCGUGUCUUCUGCUUUGCGAAUCCGAGAAGGAGACACCGUUCCCGGGACAGUCGGUGACUCCAGUGCGCGUACGAACUACGAAUUCACCUCUAAUUCCCUCUUCCCUUCACAACUCUCGGCAUUUUCCUGACGCUUUCCCCCUUAGCUUGAGCACUGUCCGUAUCCUCCCAUAUUGCUGGCUUCUUCACACAAUCGGGAUCGCCUACUCCACGCUCAAGGAUCCCAUUUCAAGUCUUUCCCAAUCACGAAGCCUACUGUAUGUUGGCCACCAGCUCCCUAGACCCUGGUACCAUUCGCGAAUUUUACUUGCUAGGUUCCACUCGACUUUAAUAUAAUGUGCAUAGCGACUGCCGCCAGUCACAACCUCCCACGCCGGUCAGGCCACAUUUGAGACCUUGUUGGAUAGAAAUCCCGUUAUUAAUCUCACCUUUCUCGCACCGUUGGACCAAACCAAUGAUCUUGCAAACGCUCUUCCUCGACAUUGCCACGAACGACAAGCCUUCCUCAUCUAGCCCUAUGAAACAUACUGAUCAUCCUUGUUGACCACGUCGGAUUUCCAAUUUUGGCGCCGACCUACUUGUUUCAUUUCCUCUUUGGACCACAUACGAUCAUCUAUACUGAGGGACGAAAGACACUGUCGACAACUUCUGAACAACCCAACAACACCAUUCGGGACCUCCUGAUCCGUGCUCAGCCUACCUCCUGCUCGACAGGAGAUCGUCUGCACAUUAGAGCUUAGUACUACACCCUUCCUAUUUUAUUCGAGGGUUUAGCGAUGGGGGAUGAACCUCCUCCUCGACAAAAUCUCGCUGCGAUCGAACAUCCAGAAAAUCCCGGAGAUUCAUUUCCACAACAUACGCAUUCAAGUCCACCACAAGCAGCACAGUUGAUUAACAUGGAGUUCGAACAAUACCCUAGACAGGCCUUUGGCAUGGGUCAUUUCCCGGGCGCUGGCGCUCUUGACAUGUCUGGCAUGGCAGCCGCAUUGCCAGACCCCCAAAUGCGACAAUUCCAACAGCCCUCUUAUCCUCACCAGUACCAGUCUCCAGCUGUCGCAAACCAGAUGAUGUUUCAGUACAAUCAGGGUGCGCAAUUUGCUGGCCAAACUGCUGGAAAUUACCCUCAACAGCCCGGACAGCAAUAUCCCAUGCAUUUCAUGUCGGGAACUCCCCAACGACAGCCGCAUGUGGGAUACACGCAAUUUUCCUCCGGCCAAGGGGCUGUCCAAGCCUUCCAGCAACCAGGCCAGGGCUAUCUGAUGCAGCAACCCAUGAUGCCACAAUCUACUGCGCCUCCUCAACAUCACCAACAAGGGACGUAUUCUCAAGCCUUCACUAACCCUGCCUACGCGACCGCCUAUGCAGCGAGAAUCGCAGCUGCGUAUCCCAUUCCCCAGUUACGAGUGGACAGCAGCCUCACACAAUCCCCACAGCACGGUUUCUACCAGCAACAUCAUAAUCAAAUUGUCAGGAGGACAAGCUCUAAUUCCUCACUUCAGACAUCAGCCCUGAGAGGACCACCCAGAAAACCGAGACAAUCAGGUCACGCACUAUGGGUUGGCAACCUACCUCCCGCAACGCACAUCGUAGACCUGAAAGAUCAUUUCUCGAAGAAUGCCACGGACGAUAUUGAAAGCGUCUUUCUAAUUUCGAAGAGCAACUGCGCAUUCGUCAAUUACAAGAGCGAAGCCAGUUGUGCAGCUGCGAUGACACGUUUCCACGACUCUCGGUUCCAAGGCGUUCGACUUGUCUGUAGACUGCGCCGCGGCAGCUCUUCGACGACAACAUCAGGCCAAUCGCAGAGCCAGACCGCAGCUGUGCGACCCGACGAAACUUCUGAACCCACGAGCAAGCAGGACGAGCUCGGCUUGCAAGAUGCUACGGUCGAGGGUGCAACAGUGACCUCGGAACCAGAGAGUAUAGAAAAAGUCAAAGAAAAGUUUUUUGUGGUCAAAAGCUUGACAAUCGAAGAUCUGGAGCGCAGUGUACACAGCGGUAUAUGGGCCACUCAAGCGCACAAUGAAGAUGCUCUCAAUAAAGCUUACAUGUCUGCGGAAAAUGUAUACCUCAUCUUUUCUGCCAACAAGUCUGGUGAAUACUUCGGCUAUGCUCGAAUGGAGUCGGCGAUAGAUGAAGAGUCUGCGGCAACCAUUGACUAUCAACCAAGGGCCGAAACCAGAGACCCCAGCCCAUCUGAUCUUCCAUUGACAAUCACCACACCAGCAACUGCUACCGCCCCCAAAGGGCGAAUCAUUGACGACUCUUCGAGGGGGACCAUAUUCUGGGAAGCCGAGAGUGCCUCGUCCGGACAAGAAGAACAAAACGCAGAUGACGACGCCGCAAACGCAUCUGGCGAAGGAUACGAGUCGGCGAGUCCCAGUACCCCACAAACAUUCGGCAAGCCGUUCAAGAUCAAGUGGAUGUCCACGGACAGACUCCCCUUCUACAGGACACGGGGUUUGAGGAAUCCUUGGAACACCAACCGCGAAGUCAAGAUCGCCCGAGAUGGUACUCAGAUUGAGCCCAUGGUCGGGCGAAAGCUGGUCGACAUGUUCCAUCGACCACAAAUGCCCCCAUCAAGUCCCAACGCUCCCCGACAGCCGCUUCCCCCGGGCUCCCAGGGGGGCUUCAUGUCUCCUCAUACUCCGGCUGCUGGCGGCAUGUACGGACGAUCCUACUGAAAGAGAGCCAUGUUUUCUAUGAAUGUGCAAUGUUAUUUGUACCCAGUUGGCAUCUGCGACGAUUCAUGGUUGUACGAGGAUAUGAUUAUCGUGAUGAGAGUCAAAGAACAACAAUAAGAAAAGUAUCGGUCGGCAUCGGGAUUUACGGAUCAGGACACGGCUAUCCCUUCACUCAAAGGCAUGUCUUUGUACGUCUUCCAUUAGCACACAUAUUGUUUUCAUGGAAUGGUGCUUCGCUGGGCGAGCCUCCUUUUUUCACUUUUCCUCUCUGUGGCAAGGUCACGAGGACCACUCCUGGAGGAUGGGAUAGAGGGACAGGGGAUUGAAUGCGAAAGAGUUGUUGUCACUGAACAAUCUUUGGGCGUCUACGAGGAUGUGCUUGGGCUGCGACCAUGCGUAUGUAUACUGUGGUUUAUCUCUGGGCCCGGUAGUAGCAACUUGGACAGAAGCAAUGACGGAUCCAAGUUUUCUUUUCA